AUGCAAAAGCAAUUCAAUUGGACGUUAAUUGCAGUCAGUUGUCCGGAAUUCAAGAUCAAUCAAUGGGAUUUGGUUUUCUAUUUUAUUGCAUUUGUAGGAUUAAUAUUGACAUCUAUUCAAAUGUGGAAAUUCCGUAAGAAGAGAAAAGAAGGAAGUAGUUUUCUCGGCAUGUUGACUGAUUGCGACUUUGUAAUUUGCCUCUUUUUUCUUGUGAUUCAUCUUGGAAGAAGUAUUGCUUUCCAAUAUCAAAAUGAUAUUUUGGCUGCACUUCGAAUAGAAUAUCAGAUACAAAUCAAGGCCUGCAAAACACUUUUCGAUACAGUACAAUCGACCAUACCGUUUUGUGAUGUUGAACCUUAUCCAAUAGUGUUUGCGGAGCCAGCUAUUCAAAUCAUCCAACUCUACAUAGUUCCCGGAAUCUCUGCAAUUGCAUCUGUGGCCACUUUAGCGUUUGCCAUCCUCACCAUUCCGCGUUUAUCAAAAAUUGGAGAAGAAGAAGAUCCAGUGGUUCAAGAGGAAACGAAACUAAUGAGUUUACAAGGAAAGCAUUCAAACAUAUUGAAUACCGUCCCCAUCAGACGCUCCAUCAUUUGCAUGCUUGUCGUCUAUGCCACAUUUUUCAUCCGCACAGUGUGCUAUCACAUUUUCAUCGAUCCUUUCAACUCCGACUUGUUCCAGAAAACAUCAAGUGCUCGUAAUCUAACCGUUUGGUGGUACGACGCAAUGAGUGUCGUGUUCUCCGGAUCCAGAUUAAUCGUUUAUUACGUUUUCUGCCGUGACCAAAUAGUCACCGAAUUCCCGCCAACUGCAAUUGGGCAAUAA